CGGCCCCCCGCCACCAUGCACCGAUCACUCCACGCCUGCCGCCGCCUCGGCCGCUCCGCCGGGCUCCUGCUCUCCCGGCCGCCGCCCUCGCUGGAUCCCGCCGGCCCCCGCUGGAUCCCGCCGCCCCGCGCCGCCAUGUCCACUAAAGAGGCUUUUAGGAUAGAAUAUGAUACUUUUGGUGAACUGAAGGUCCCAAGUGACAAAUACUAUGGUGCCCAAACUGUAAGAUCUACAAUGAACUUCAAAAUUGGAGGUGUUUCAGAAAGGAUGCCAGUUCAAGUCAUAAGGGCUUUUGGCAUCUUGAAGAGAGCAGCUGCUGAAGUAAAUCAAGAUUAUGGUCUCGACCCAAAGAUUGCUAAAGCCAUUGUACAGGCAGCAAAUGAGGUAGCUGAAGGAAAAUUAAAUGAUCACUUCCCAUUGGUAGUGUGGCAGACUGGGUCUGGAACUCAAACCAAUAUGAAUGUCAACGAAGUCAUCAGCAACAGAGCCAUUGAGAUAAUGGGGGGCACCCUGGGGAGCAAAAAGCCAGUACAUCCGAAUGACCAUGUUAACAAAAGCCAGAGUUCAAAUGACACUUUCCCAACAGCAAUGCAUAUUGCUGCUGCCCAGGAGGUUAAUGAGGUGUUGUUACCUGGACUGAAGAAGCUACAGAAUGCACUUGAAGGGAAAUCCAAAGAGUUUUCCCAAAUCAUAAAAAUAGGGCGCACUCAUACGCAAGAUGCUGUUCCACUUACACUUGGACAGGAAUUUAGUGGUUAUGUGCAACAAAUCAAAUAUGGUGUGGCUAGGAUUGAAUCAACCAUGCCAAGAGUAUAUCAGCUGGCAGCUGGCGGGACUGCAGUUGGCACAGGAUUAAACACAAGAAUUGGCUUUGCUGAGAAAGUUGCUGCUAAAGUGGCUGAACUGACAGGUUUGCCUUUUGUCACUGCUCCAAAUAAGUUUGAAGCGCUUGCAGCCCAUGAUGCUCUAGUUGAACUCAGUGGAGCCAUGAACACGGUGGCAUGUAGUCUGAUGAAAAUAGCUAAUGAUAUUCGUUUCCUGGGUUCUGGACCACGCUCUGGACUAGGAGAACUCAUCCUGCCUGAAAAUGAACCAGGAAGCAGCAUCAUGCCAGGAAAAGUGAACCCUACCCAGUGUGAAGCUGUAACCAUGGUGGCAGCCCAAGUUAUGGGAAACCAUGUUGCUGUUACUGUAGGAGGAAGCAAUGGACACUUUGAACUGAAUGUCUUUAAGCCCAUGAUGAUUAAAAAUGUUUUAAACUCUGCAAGACUUCUUGGAGAUGUGUGUGUUUCUUUCACUGACAACUGUGUAGUAGGAAUUCAAGCCAAUACGGAGAGGAUCAACAAACUGAUGAAUGAAUCUUUGAUGUUGGUAACAGCACUGAACCCACAUAUAGGAUAUGAUAAAGCAGCUAAGAUUGCCAAAACUGCGCACAAAGAGGGGACAACGUUAAAAGAAGCUGCUAUAAAGCUGGGGUUCCUUACGUCAGACCAGUUUGAUCAGUGGGUGAAGCCUAAAGAUAUGUUAGGUCCUCAGUAACUUCUGUACAAAAUAAAAAAGUGUUCUUAAUAUAAAAAAAUAAAACAAAUAUGAUAUCACAGAA